AUGGUUACUCAAACCAACACUCGCGAUAGACGUUCAGAUGGUGACCGUCGCGGUAGACAACGACGUCGACCGCGCCGAGAUGAGGCCCCCGAAGGGCCCGAACUUUUCGAGCGCGCGGUCAAGAUCCGCCGUGUCUCCAAGGUCGUCAAGGGCGGCAGGAACCUUUCGUUUAGCGCCAUGAUGGUCGUUGGCGAUUACAACGGCCGAGUUGGCGCAGCCCUCGGCAAAGCUGCUUCCGUUCCCGACGCCGUCCGGAAGGGACGGCAAAACGCGGAACGGGCGAUGGAGCCGGUUACGACCUUAGGUGGCACAAUCCCGCAUGAGGUUUUUGCGAAGUACGGCAGCGCCAAAGUAUUGCUUUUGCCAGCUAAGCCUGGAACGGGCGUUAUCGCUGGCGGCGGUGUGCGCGCGGUGAUCGAAGCAGCCGGGAUCCAAGAUGUGCUAUCGAAGACGUACGGUGGCAGCAAUCCGGUUAAUACCGUGCGGGCUACCUUGAAGGCAUUGUCGCUGCUGAAAGACCCACAGAGGGAACGCGCUCGAAGGCUCGGGCUCGACCGAAUUCACACCCCUGAGGUGACGGCUCCCGAAGUUGAACCUGUCGAAGCCGCAUCAACGGAGGCCGAACCGGUCGAAGUUACUGAGGCAUCGACUGAAACAUCAACUGAAGUUCCGGCAGAUGACGCGAACGCCGAGACUAGCGAACCUGUAAGCGAAGAAGUUUCAGGCGAGGUAGUGGCGACGACCGAACCUGUCGUUGAUGUCCCAACCGCUGAAGACGAGAGCGAAAAUUCGUCAUGA